AUGUGUUGUAGUUGUUGUGGUGUAAUUCAGCAGAAGGUGUGGCUUUCGCUUGUAGCCAUAGCAUUUCUUGCCCUAGGGCUGGUUUUUGUAAUUUGGUGGCCAAAUUACAUUACUGAUAUGAUUUACGAUGAGCUGCCGCUCUCGCAAUGCUCGCGCACCUACGAUAAGUGGAGUACAAUACCUAUACCGAUCUACAUGUACAUGUAUCUCUUUAAUUGGACAAAUCCAGAUCAGGUGCGCACAAGUGGUGUGAAGCCGAACUUCGAGCAAGUGGGACCGUUCGUUUUUAGAGAAGAAAAAAUCAAAGAGGAUGUAACUUGGUACGCAAAUAAGACCGUUUCCUUCUUUGGCCAACGGACGUGGUACUUUGAAAGCGAGAUGUCGGGUGCAUCACUAGAUGACCCAAUCACUUGCCCGCAUCUGCCCUCAUUGGCCGCUUCAUAUGUCGUUCGCGAUGAGCCAAAAAUCAUCAAAAUUGGGUUCAAUAUUGCGCUCAACAAUAACGGUGGCGCACUGUACCAGACUCAUAGUGCAGGUGAAUGGCUCUUUGAUGGUUUCUACGAUGAGUUUCUGGAUUACGCAAUUAAACUGAAUAACUCUAUGACGGGCGCUGUUGAAUCGAAUGAGUUUGCAUGGUUUCUCAAUCGCAACGGUUCUAAGGAGUUUGAAGGUCUAUUUACUAUACACACCGGUCAAGGAGAUUUACGACAAAUGGGCGAGAUUAAAUUCUGGAAGGGAUCGAAUCAUACUGGCUACUAUGAGGGUGAAUGUGGGCGUGCAAAUGGCAGUACAGCUGACCUGUUCGUGCCUAAUCGUGGUGCCGAAGAGUAUAUCACAAUCUACAUAACCGACACGUGUCGCAUCAUGAAUUUGGUACCCAGUAGCGAGGUUGUGAUCGAGGGUAUUAAAGCCAUUAAGUACGAGACGAAGCCGGAUACGUUUGAUAAUGGGCAACUUAAUCCAGAUAUGAAGUGUUAUUGUCCAGCCGAAAUGCAACCAGACAAUUGUCCGGCAACAGGCGCCACUUAUUUGGGUCCAUGUGCGGAUGGUGUUCCCAUGUAUUUGUCGCAUCCACAUUUCAUGUAUGCUGACGAGAGUUACGCCAGCACGAUAACGGGCCUUAGUCCUGAUUAUGAAAAGCACAACUUCUUCAUUGUAAUGGAGCCAAAGCUGGGUGUACCGCUAGAGGUGAACGCAAAUGUAAUGGUCAGCCUGCACAUACGAAAUGACAGUGAUAUUACGAUAUUGCGCGAUAUAACCGAUUUUUAUGCGCCACUCUUCGUUACCUCCAGCAAGGCUGUGAUCGAUAAAAAACUUGCAAGGGAAGUAAAGCUUGCAUUGAGUUUGCCCGAUAUUGGAUUCUACAUGGGAAUCACAUUUAUUUCUAUAGGCAGUAUACUUGCAAUCAUCGGUAUAUAUUUAACGGUCACCCAUCGCUGGUAUGGAGAACGGAAGUUAUCUAAGGACUAGAAGUCUCUCAACAAGUAUUUUUAUGAUAAAAUCCGAUAAUUAUGAUAUUGUUAAA